AUGUCAUUUAUUAUAUCUUUCUAUGUUUCACCAUGGCGUGAUACAAAAAUCAUUGAAGUCACAAAUGUACGUAGACGACAUCAAAUGAAAGCAACUAGAACGAUAUUAUUUUUAGCUAUAUCAUUUUUAUGCUUUCAAACACCUAGUUUUAUUUUAGUAAUUAUACAACAUUAUACAAAAUUGAAAAUUGAAUUUCAACUAGCUAAACUUGUUUCAGACUUGUUGCUUACAUUUGAUUCAAUCAUUAAUAUCAUGAUUUAUGCUGUUGGUUUGCCAGGUUUUCGUGGUUAUUUAAAUCGUAUGUUUAUUUGUUUAUGUCGAUGGAAUCACACGGAUCAUGAUCAUCAUCAUAAUAAUAAUAAUAAUAUGCAUAGUAAUCGAUGUUUAUUGAAUUCCAUUGCAUUGGCACAUUCAGAAUUUCAACCAAUCUCAUGUUUGAAUCGAAGUAAAAAUUCACAUUAUUAUUAUUCAUUUCAUGGCAGUAAACCGCAUCCACAUUUAAAUAAUCGUGUAGAUUGUAAUGAACCUUUAAAACAACUCCAACCAUGUGAUGAAAUAAUGCCACAAAACAAAUCAACUAUAAAUGAUGAUUUAACAAGUAUUAGAGUUAAAGAGAUUUGUGAUGAUAUUUGA